AGCUAUUCCAGAUUCUAAUAUCAGCCGCUAGAGAACUAAAAUGGCGGGGAAGCACAUACUUUUAACUGGCAUCCCGGGAAUUGGUAAGACAACUAUAGUACAGAGAGUUUGUGAAAAUUUAAAGAAAUCUGGCCUACUGCCACAAGGUUUUUACACUGAAGAAGUGCGGCAAGGAGGUAGGAGAAUUGGUUUUGAUGUGGUGUGUUUAAAUGGAGAAAGAGGGCCAUUAGCCAGAGUCAGUGAUUUUGUCUGUGAUUCAGUAGUAAAAGGCCCGAAAGUUGGACAAUAUGUUGUAGAACUGUCAUCCUUUGAGAAAUUGGCCCUUCCAGCUCUACAAUCUAGACAACAAGGUUGUAGUGUGAUAAUUCUAGAUGAGAUUGGAAAAAUGGAGAUGUACAGUGAGCACUUUAAACAAGCUGUACGAGCUAGUUUUAAUCUUAAUGGUGUAUCUAUUUUGGCUACUAUUCCUGUGGCCAAAGGAAAGCCUCUACCAUUAGUUGAGGAGCUUAGGAACAGGAAAGAUGUCACCAUAAUUACUGUGACUCGUGAUAACAGGGAGAGCCUUGUUCAAGAAGUGACCUGUCUUCUUCUCAGCACAGCUUGAAACAAACUGUGAUUAUAUACUUUGCUUUAAGGAAUUUAAUGAAUUUAUUAUUUGUAUAUAUACACACUUGUAAAUAAAAGUGGAAAAAAGCAUUUCCAUAUAUCUUGCAAUGAA